AUUCGCAGCAGAACUACUUUUAGUCCUCAACAACUAAACGAAUUAGAAGCUUUGUUUCAGAAGACUCAUUAUCCUGACGUUAAAAAAUUUUUUAUGAAGCGUCGCAGCAGAACUACUUUUAGUCCUCAACAACUAAACGAAUUAGAAGCUUUGUUUCAGAAGACUCAUUAUCCUGACGUUUUCCUUCGAGAAGAUGUUGCUAGAACUAUAAAUCUUUCAGAAGCAAGAGUUCAGGUAUGGUUCCAAAAUCGGAGAGCAAAAUGGAGGAAACAAGCGAGGAUGCAAGUUCUCCAAGAAACGUGGAAGUUAAGACAAAUGGCACUGGGCGUUACGUCCGAUAAUUGGCGUCCAUAUACAUCUCCCCAGUUGCCCACUCCGACACCCAUUAUGUACAACGACAGAUUGAGAAUGACCUCCAGGUAAUUUAUUUCUCUCUUCAUUCCUUAACAAUUAUCAAAAGUAAUUAAAAUAAAUGCAAUAUUACAACAUUGCACCCCCCUCUAAUAUCUAAAGUAGCUAUUAAAAUCCUAAUUCGAAAUUAAAUAUAUCUAAAAUACUUAAUUAGA